GCAUACUGACAUACCUACCGCUUGAGCGACCGAGGGCGUCAGCCUAGCUUCGCGUUUUGCAUUAUGACAGACGUUUUGGCAAAGCCAUGAACAUGAUUUAGGCAUCCAUAUUCACAGCCAACACUGGGCUGCCUGGACUUCUGGCAAAAUGGCAGGCUUGCUCGGCGAGCUCGGCGACGCGGCGGGAGGCGACAGCGAAAGCCAGACAACCUGGCGUGACCUGCCAGAUCACUUGAUGGAGGCGGUGGGGGGCCACGUGUUCGGACACGACUUCCUGGCUGCGAGGCUGGUCAGCCGCGCCUGGCGUCGCGCGUUGUCGCCCGUCACGCGGACCAUAAAGGUUCACCUGCACCACCCGCGGCCCGACCCCGGUGCGCAGCUAGCCGCCGUGCAGACCGCCUUCCCCAGGGCGAACCGCCUGAUGCUGUACGUGGAUGCGAACAGCAGCCGCGACCAGGCGGACGUGCGGGCCAACUGCCUCGCAACGCUGAAAGCCGCCGCCGACACCAACCGCACCACCAACCCCCAACAGCCGCCGCAACCGCCGCCACAACCGCCGCCGCCGCCCCAGUCGCAGCAACAGCCACAGCCACAGCCACAGCCACAGCCACAGCAACAGCAACAGCAACAGCCACAGCCGCAGCCACAGCCACAGUCACAACAUCAACAGCAACAGCAAACUGCAACCGCCGGGGGCGGCGCCGCCAGGGCAGCAGCCGCAGCCGAAGCCCCAGCGGGGCCUCCCGCGUCGCCGCCGCGGACGGCGUCGCCCCCCGGACCGGAGGUGGCAGCCGCGUCGGCGGGCGCGGCAGCAGCCGCAUUUGCAUCGGCCACGACCAAAUGGAAACCCGACAGCAGCACUGGCACAGGAGGCCCUAUUACUACUGGCGGCGUUGCUACUGCUACUGGCGGCGGCGCCGGCGGCGUCGGCGGUGGUGGUGGCGUCGGCGGCGUCGGCGGAAGUGACGGCGGAAGCGACGGUGGUGGCGGCGGCGGUAGCGGCAGUAACGGCGGCGGCGGCGGCGGCGGCGGCGCUCUGGCCUGGUCACACCUGGGGCUCACCAUGUCUGCUAGUGUGCUGCCGCUGAACCGCGACGCGCCCCCCUGGGACGGCGUGUGCGGCCGGCUGGCCGCCAGUGGGGCCUGGGUGGGCCGGCAGCUGUCCGCGGCGUUGUGCGAAGCCAAGCCACACCUCUCCCGCCUGCGCGACCUGUCCUCCCUCGAGCUCACCACCGACGUCGACACGUUCAACAUCGCUGCGGGCUUGUUGGCGGCGUCGCCCCUUGCUGCCAAGCUGACCGAGUUCAAGUACACUCGCGCCGAGGGCUGCGGCGGCCGGGGAGGAGGAGGAGGCGGCGGUGGAGGCAUCGCGGUUGCACUGGGGCUGGGGCUGGGGCUGGGGAUGGGGCUGGGGCUUGGCGGCAGGGCGGGCGCGGCGGCAGCGGCGGCGGCGGGGGUGGCGUCGGUCGGCCGGCUGACGGGUCUCAAGAGCCUCAGCCUGCACAUGGGCCUGCACGGCGGCCUGGCCCCCACCCUGGCUCUCCUCACUGCCCUCACCUCCCUCGAGCUGACGCACCAGGGGGAGGGGCUGGCGGCCGUGCCGGCGGGCGGCGAGUGGCCGCUGCUGGCACUGGCGGGCGGGCCGGCAGGGGAAGGAGGAGGAGGAGGAGGGGGCGGAGGAGGAGGGGGCGGAGGAGGAGGGGGCGGGGGAGGCGGGGGUGGUGAUGGCGGCGGCGCGUGGCGGAGCGGGCGGGUGGCGGCGGGGCUGGUGUCUCUCAAGCUCAAGUACGUCGCGUUGGCCGACCCCGGCUGCCUCACCGCCCUCACCUGCCUCACCCACCUCGAGAUGACCCUGCCCGGCUACUUCUUCCAGCCAGGGGAGGGCGAGGAGGAGGAGGAGGAGGCAGAGGAGGAGGAGGAGGAAGAGGAGGAGGAAGAGGAGGAGGAGGAGGAGGAGGAGGAAGAGGCGGAGGUGGAAGAGGAAGAGGAGGAGGAGGCAGAAGAGGAGGAGGAGGAGGAGGAGGAGGAGGAGGAGGAGGAUGUGUUGAUGGCCGACCCGGCGCCGGGACAACAGCAACAGCCUCCGCAGCUGCAGCCGCCGGCACCACAGCUGCAGCCCGCGCUGCAGGCGCAGCCGCCGCACCGGCUGGCAGCGCUACAGCCCCCACAGCCGCUACAGCCGGACCCAUGGCUCCUGCAUGUUCCACAUCCGGCGCCGCCACUGCACCCUUGGCCAGACCCGCUGCCGCAGCAGCACCCGCUACUGCCGCAGCAGCACCCGCUACUGCCGCAGCAGCACCCGCUACUGCCGCAGCAGCACCCGCUACUGCCGCAGCAGCACCCGCUACUGCCGCAGCAGCACCCGCUACUGCCGCAGCAGCACCCGCUACUGCCGCAGCAGCACCCGCUACUGCCGCAGCAGCACCUGCUACUGCCGCAGCCGCGCCGGCCAGAGUCGAUGCGGGAAGAUUCGGCACAGUGGGUGGCAAGCAUGGUGCGGGCGGCGCAGGCAUCGCUGUCAGGCGGGCUGUCGGCGCAGGGGCAGGCGUUGGGGGCAGCGGCUGGUGCGACCGCCGGCAGCGCAGCGGGCGCGGCAUCGGGUGCAGCGGUGGGGAAGCAUGGGAGGGGUUUGACAGCAGCGGAGCGGGCGGAGGCGGACCGGCACUAUGAGGGCCUCCGCGCUAUCAUGGGAUCUCGGAUGCCGCUGCGGGUGCCGCAUAGGCGCGAGGAGGAGGAGUUGGAGGAGGAGGAGGCGGAGGAGGAGGAGGAGGAAGAAGAGGAGGAAGAGGAGGAAGAGGAGGAAGAGGAGGAGGAGGAGGCGAAGGACCUCGACCAGCAGGGGCGGCACUGGCACGUGGGGCCACCGGCAGCACGGCCGGGGCCGCAAUUCCCGCGGCGCCAGCAGCCGUACAAGCAGCAGCGGCAGUACAAACAGCAGGCGCAGUACAAACAGCGGCUGCUGUACACGCGGCAGCGGCAGCUGUACAAGCAGUUGCGGCAGUACAAGCAGCACGCGCAGUACAAACAGCAGGCGCAGUACAAGCAGCUGCGGCAUUACAACCAGCCGCGGCAGCCGUACAAGCAGCGGCGGCAGUACAAACAGCAGCGGCAACAGCAGCUGCUGCGGCAGGGGCCACCACUACAGCCGCCGCCGCAGGCGGCGCUACAGCCACCGCUACAGCCACAGCCAUCGCUACAGCCACAGCCGCCGCUACAGCCACAGCCGCUGCUACAGCCGCCGCGGCUACAGCAGCCACCGCGGCUACAGCCGCUACAGCCGCCGCGGCUACAGCAACCGGCGCCAGGGGGGCUGGCGGUGGCGCGGACGGUAGCAGCGGCGGAGCAGUUGGUGGCGGCGAUGAUGCCGCCGUUACCUGCGGAGCAGAUGAAGCCGCUCGCAGCGGCUUUGCCGGCGCCGCUGCUGCUGCCGGCGUGCCUCGAGGCACCGCACCCGUACCCGUACACGCACCGGUACCCGUACCCGUACCCCUUCCUGCCAGCGGGUGCAGCAGCAGCAGCAGCAGCCGCAGCUGCGGGCGCAGCGGGCGCCACAGCCCCCACGGCCGCCACAGCCGCCGCAACUGCCGCAGCCGCCGCAACAACAGCAACCGCCGCAGCCGCCGCAACUGCCGCAACUGCCGCAACUGCCGCAACUGCAACAACUGCCGCAACUGCCGCAACUGCCGCAACCGCCGCAACCGCCGCAACCGCCGCGGGUGAGGGCCCCGCCGGCCGCCAGUUGGGCAUCGUGGCCGCUGCUGUUGCUGCUGCUGAUGCUGAUGCUGCUGCUGAUGCUGAUGCUGAUGAUGAUGAUGAUGCUUCCGCCGCCGCCGCCGCUUUUGGUGGCGAUGCCGGCAGAGGCGCGCGCCUUGAUGGUGGCGCUGCGGUGGCGGAGCUGGAGGAGGUGGGGGAGGAGGAGCCGGAGCAGCUGGAGGGCGCUGUCGGUGACGCCGGCGGGAGGGAGGAGCAGCCGGAGCCGGAGGGUGCUAGCGGUGGCGGUGGUGAUGAGGGCGGGAGUGGCAGCGGUCGUGCGGGCGGCGCUGGCGGCAGCGCCGGUGUCGGUGCGGAGCACCCGGCCGCGUGGCAGCAGGGGGCGCAGGAGGCGCUGGGGCGUGGGGAGGAGGGGGUGGAGGAGGAGGGGGCGGAGGAGGGGGCGGCGGAAGAGGAGGGGGCGCCCUUUGACCAGGACCCCGCUCAUGAAGGGGAGGAUGAAGGCGAAGAGGAGGACGAGGAGGAGGAGGAGGAAGCGGAGGAGGACGAGGACGAGGAGGAGGAGGACGAGGGCCCGACAGAGGAGGAGCUGGCGGCGGCGGCGGCCCACGACGCAGCCGCCAGUGCGCGCCUGUGGGCGGCGCUGGCGCGACUGCCGGCGUUGAAGAGCCUCAACGUCAAUGCCUGGCAGGAGGCGCCGCUGGACGACGACCGAUUGGGCCUGCUUGCCAAGCUGGUGCUACAGCCCUCGGCCGGUGCUACUGCCGCCGCGGCCGCGCCCGGCCCGCUACAGCCUGCUCCCGGCGCGGCGGCGGCCGCGGCAGUAGCAGCAGCCUGGGCUGGAGGCGGUGGCGCCCACCCCCAACAGCACCCGCAACCGCAGCAGCAACCGCAGCAGCCGGGGCAGCUGCAGCAGCAGCAGCAGCAGCAGCAGCAGCAGCAGCAGCAGCAGCAGCAGCAGCAGCAACCGCUCAAAGACUUGGUUUCUCUGGGGCUUCUGCUGCAUGCCUCCUCCGCCGCCUCCCACCUACACUGUCUGGCGCCGAUGGGGCCCACCCUCAAGGAGCUGACGCUGGUGGUGGCGCCCACCAAGGUGUGUGUGAAGGCCUUGUCGCGGCUGGAGGAGUUGGAGCUGUGGAACGUGUACGGCAGUGACUGGGCGGCGGAGGUGGACGUGGCGCCGCUGGGAGGGCUGACACGCCUGAGGUCGCUGAAGAUGGAGGCGCUGCGGCCACACAUGGCCUACCGCGUGCGGCGGGUGAUGCAGGCGGCCGUGCCCUACUGCAAGCUGCGCCUGGUUGCAGACAACGAGAUGCCGGAGGGGCCCGUGGGCCUGCACCCGCUGCACCUGGGAGCAGCAGGAGGAGGAGGAGGAGCAGGAGGAGGAGGAGCAGCAGGAGGAGGAGGAGCAGGAGGAGGAGGAGGAGCAGGAGGAGGAGGCGGAGGAGGCGGAGGAGGAGGAGGAGGAGGAGGAGGAGGAGGAGGAGGCGGAGGAGGAGGAGGUGUGGGAGGCGGCGGGAUGGGUCUGCUGUUCCCCUUGCCGCUGCACCUGAUCUUCGGUGGAGGCUACCCGCCGUGAUGACAAGCUAAAUUGUGGCAUGAGUGUUAGACAACACGAGAUGUAUAGCUAGGGGACACGCAGAUUGUGUAAUGUGAAAUGCUUGAGCGGUUGCGCGCACGGUGGCAUGCAUGGGAGUGUGCAAGAGGGGGGGGGGGAAAGAGGGGAGGAGCGAGGGGAGGGGUCUGGGGUAUGGGACAGGGCGGACAGGCCCGACAGGCAGGGCGGGGCGGUGUGUGGUGCAAGCCCAGGCAGGGAAGUGUCAUUGCACGCACGCGAGAAGGCUCAGGGGUGUGACGACAGGGACGUGCGUGUGGUUUGACAGCUGGGGAAUGGGGGCAGUGGCGAACGUGCAAUGUACGGUAUGGGUCACAAAAAACAAACCAUUAGACCGCUGGCGGGAACGAAGCUCUUGUACAUUACGAAGGUGGCACGGUAGCUGUGUUGGAGGUUGAAAGUAUGUGUGGAAAGGCAAGGCACGGAUGGCAGCAGACGUGUGAAUGUUAGUUUAUAACACCUUGGCCAUACAUGCAUGGUAGCCCCAAGCAAGGUCCGUGCCUCGUUCCCCAUAGGGACAGAUGUGAAGCCAUCGUCCGUAUACCGUUUUGCAGAAUUGCAGUCAGCAGUCUUCCCUGCUGAUGCUGCGAGGCUCAGCCGCUCAGCCCAUAUUCCAGCUGUACAAAGCUGACACCCCUUGUUUCGGCGCUCUGUCUACGCUGCUUGGGGCCGCGGCGCAAAACUGAAAAUCCAUAACUCCGCAAGUUCAGUAGGCAAGGCAUUGGUGUUGCGAGCGCGACCAGUGAUGAGAGAUUGAGAGGUGCGUGAGACGGAACGCCGAGACACCUGGCACGGGAAGCAAGUGCGUGGCUGAGUCCCUAGAAACAAGAC